AUGGAUGCCAUCGCUGUGACUACUCUCCAGGGACUGACCUCUUAUGCUCUUGAAGAGUUCAAAUUGCUGUGGAAUGGUAAAAAUGAUGUAAAAAGGAUGAAGAACACUAUCCGUGCAAUCAGAGCUACAUUGUUGGAUGCAGAGGCAAAGGCCAACAAUAACCAUCAAGUCCGCUUUUGGCUUGCCAGACUCAAAGACGUGCUCUAUGAUGCAGAUGACCUGCUGGAUGAUUUAUCCACUGAAGUCAGGGGAAUGCUAGAUGAAAUUGAUAAUGACAAGAAGCAAUUUCAUUUGAUUGAUCACCCUCCUAAGCCUUCACCUGUACUUGAGCAACGAAGGCAAACAUACUCUUUCGUGCAUGAAGAUGAAAUUAUUGGGAGAGAGGAGGAAAAGGAUAUGAUUUUACAUUAUUUGUUAGACAGUGGUGUGAAAUCUAGUGUUUCAAUUAUUCCCAUUGUUGGAUUUGGAGGGUUAGGUAAGACUGCACUCGCUCAACUUGUGUACAAUCAUGUGGAUGUUCAUAAACAUUUUGGGUUGAAAAGGUGGGUGUGUGCGGGCAAUGAAUUUGAUGUAAGACAAAUAGCUCAAAAGAUUUUAGGGCAAGCAGAUCCAAAAGAGAUAGAGCAAGUGCAACAAGACUUUAGACAAUUAAUAGAAGGGGAGAAAUUUUUGAUUGUGUUGGACGAUGUGUGGAAUGAAGAUGUUGGGAUUUGGCAUAAACUGAAAAGUUUCCUAACCAUGGGAGCAGAGGGGAGCACGGUAAUUGUUACCACACGUAGUGAGAAGGUGGGAAAGAUGAUGGGCACCUAUACGCCAAUUAUCCUUAAAGGUUUAGGUGGUGAAAGAUCGUGGGAGUUGUUUUGUACAAUGGCUUUCGAAAGGGGUAGAGAAUCAAAUGAUAAAGAGUUGUUGGCAAUUGGAAAGGAGGUUGUAAGGAAAUGUGCAGGAGUUCCUCUUGCUAUUAGAGUUGUUGGAAGUCUCGUGUAUGAUAAAACCUUAGAAGGAAUAACAAAUUUGUCAUACUUGAGGAAUUGUGAGCUUUGGAAUAUGGAUCAUUUGGAGGAAAGAAUCUUUGGAGUGCUUAAACUCUCUUAUGAUAAUCUUCCUUCACCCAUGAAAAACUGUGUUGCGUUUUGUUCGCUAUUCCCAAAAGCUUUUGAAUUCAAGAAGCAAAUGCUAAUCGAAAUGUGGAUGGCUGAAGGAUUUAUUCAAUCAACUAAUCAGAUGAGGGGUGAGGAAGAUGUUGGGAAUGAAUAUUUUAUGAAUCUACUUUCAAGAUCCUUCUUUCAAGAUGCCCGAAGAGAUUUGUAUGGUGACAUAGAGUCAUGUAAAAUGCAUGACCUUGUUCAUGAUUUAGCCUCAGUCAUAGUGCAAUUCGGGAAUUGCCUAGAGAUAUUGCCAAAUUGGUAA